AUGUUGCUUGUGACUGUAAGCAAUGAAGUUUAAAUGGUCAUAUAGACAUAUUAAACUUUGUAUGCUUCAGGUAUUGCAUUUGGAAUGAGAAAGUUUUUAUCUGAAAAAGAAAAAAAAAGUAUAAAUAUACAAAAUAUGUAGGCUGAAUUUAGAUUAAGGAUAAAGUAAUUAGAAUAAGACUGCUCUGAACUAUAAAAUAAGUAGAAAAUUUAGAGUAGAGACUACUUGAAACUAAAUAGUAAGAUUAAUUAAAAAGAGAAUAAACAAAAGAAACACAUCUGGAAAUUAAAUCUUAAUUAAAAGCAGAUAUAAAAAGUAAAGUUUCUGGAGAUCUAGAAAAAAUAAUUACUGGAUUAAAAAAAUUGCCUGAUAAGAAAUGA